ACAUUUGAAACUUCGUCCAUUUUUUUAAACGGUACGUCCAAACUGUAAAGAAAAACACAGAUAACAUGCAUAAAAUAAAUCAUAAAAUAAACCUGGAAAUGCGUUUUUGUUAUCUAAUUUAAUACUUCAAACGUGGAGAGACUUAGUGAAGGGUAAAAUGGAACGUGAUACAUGUAAAUAAAGAAGAUGUGAGCAAAAUGUACAGAGUGAGUUAAAUGUUGUGGUGCACGCCAUUUAAAAGGUGGACCAGUCUAGUCUUGAGUGGAGUGAAGAUCCUUCUGGCACUCCUGAGGUGGCACUGGUGCACCACACGUCACAGGCAUUUGACCAACAGCUCGCCACAGCACCACGUCACCGCAGCACGCCACACAGCCACUCCUGCACCUGAGACAAGAGGAAGAGGAGGAAACUGCCGUAAGAGAAAAGGAAGCAGGGGUGACUGAGCUGCAGCAGACUUUGCACUAGGCAAGACAGCCCCUCCCUCCCUCCCUCCCUCCCUCCCCAGUCCCCUGCAGAGGCUUUGGGGCAGUGAGGGGAGGCACUGGCACUCUAGUCAGGCAUGGUGUUGUUAGUGGAGGGCGCCCCGCUGCCCCGGUGCCCCACCUCCACCGAUGAUUUCUUUGCCUGCUGGCCGCAGGUGGCCGAGGCAGGCCGCACCUUUGGUGGCCAGAAGGUGCGGCCAGUGGAGGCAAGGCACGCACUGUACGUGGGCCAAGGGGAGUUCGGGGUGGUGCCGGGCGGGGACCCAAGGGUGCGUGUGGUAGGGUCCGACGACGCCACCACUUGCCACAUGAUGGUGGUGCGGCAUCCCGGCGGCACUGUGGCCGUGGCACACUUUGACGGGAGUCAGGGGGAGGAGGCAGCCCUGGGUGACAUGGUGUCCAAGAUAGUGGGCAUAGAAGGGCAUGGGGAGAGGUUGGAGGUGUCUGUGGUGGGGGGCUACCAGCCGGAGCGUGGCAGCAAGGAGGCAGCGCGAGCCGAGGCAGAGAAGCUGUCCCUCAAGCUACUUAAGGCACUGGUGCACCAUGAGUGCCACUUCCAGCUGUGCGUGUGGUGCACCUGCCGCCUAAACACAAUGCAGGGCGCCAGUGGGCCGCACCCCAGGGUGUACGGUGUGGCAGUGGAGGUGCAGAGUGGCGUGUUGUUCCCAGCACAUUUCAAGACACAGGAGCCAGACAUGCCACUGCGCGCUGCCUCGCGGUGGAUGGCCGGCAGGCGGCAGCCCCUCGACCUGUACGACCACGCCUCCGGCACCAUCACCAUCCACCCCUUCCACUGCUCCGAGAUAGACCUCUUUGCUGUCUACCUCAAGCUGCCAGACGAUGUACUGCUCAGGAACUUCUCCACAUCCCCCAAGGUGGAGCCGCCCCACUUCUGCCAGGAGCUGCGCCGUGUGUUCAAGGUGUUCGUGGACCACCCCAGGCCCCUCGAGUCACUCUUUGCGGGCAACCGGCCCAAGAAGUACGCCAUCAGCCCCAGCGGUGUGUGGGAGUCAGUGCAGUAGUGUAGACAGCAGUGUGGUGGUGGGCAGGGCCCCGCACUGUGUGGGGGGCCUCUACACUGGUUAUCCUUGGCUUUGAUUUUGGUCCAUUCUGCUACUUAUCUGGGAACAAAUUCUCUCUCUCUCUCUCUCUCUCUCUCUCUCUCUCUCUCUCUCUCUCUCUCUCUCUCUCUCUCUCUCUCUCUCUCUCUCUCUCUCUCUCUCUCUCUCUCUCUCUCUCUCUCUCUCUCUCUCUCUCUCUCUCUCUCUCUCUCUCUCUCUCUCUCUCUCUCUCUCUCUCUCUCUCUUUCUCUAGGUUUGAAAGCCAAUAACAAACCACAAGUGAGUUUUUUCUCCUGAACUUCCAGCAGUGUGUAUUCUAGCAGGAGGAGGAGGAGGAGGAGCAUGUGAUCUGUUAUUUUACCGCCUUCACUGUGAUGUGGCUUUAGGUCUUUAAGAGAGGUCGGCGCCCCACAUGGCACCGACCAGCCCUGUGAUCUCACUGUGUUGCAAUAGAGCUUGGCAUGAGGGAGUGGUGGUGUGGUGUGGCAGUGGUGGUGCCUCCCUCAUGUGACAAUCCUCAAGGGACGUCAUGGGUGAAUACUGCCAAGAUUUUAUUUACUUUCCAUCACAAUCAGUGUUGCCAAAGGUGCCCAGUGCUGCCUGGCUGGGUGAGGGUGGAGGCAAUCAUUGGGAGGUGCCUGUGUGUCCUGCACCUGUGAAUCAUACGUUUAGGCUCAUUCAGGGCUCUUGUCUUGCACCAGGGCCUCUGUUACUUGUUUUCUUAAGUCUUGCUCUUAUUACUUAGGUGUGUGUUAGUGAGUGUGUUGAGUGUGUGAGUGAGUGAGUGAGUGAGUUGUGUGCCUGGCUGUCUCAAAUGGUCCAGGUUUGACUGUCGUAAGUCUACUAUAAGUGCAUUAGUAAGUCCUCCUUUGUUAUCUCGUGUUAUUGUUUUCUUGGUGAGGUUUGGGCAAAGUUGAGUCACUUGAAUUGCUUCCUGAAAACCUUGUGAUGAAAACAGCAAAGAGACAACUUUGCCUCAACUUCAUCAUAGGACACCGACAGACAGCAGAUGAUACUAAGAAUUGGCUUAACUUUGGUGAUACUCAAGUCUUUCAAACCUUACUUAUGUUGCAUUCUGCUGGUAUUAUUUAUGUUGAUUAGUUGUAUGUACGUAUGUAUGUAGAUCUGGCAAACGCCGAACCUGGUAUUAAGUUGCAUCGAUACACACACACGUACGCAGGCUGGUGAUAGACAGGGUAUGCAUCUGUACAGUUACCCAUAACAGUGAUGUCAUUUUCUAUACAACAUUAUAUAGGCAAAAACACACAAAAAAAGAAAAAAAAAGCUACAUUUGAUAACUAAUUCCUGUAAUCACAUCACCAGUUUUUGAUCUUUGCUCUUACUAUAGAACCAGUCUGUUACUCUGUAUAUUCAUUUGAUAUAUGGACACUUACUAGACUCUGUGGCAUGUAUACUUUGAGCACAGGCAGAAAAGUAGAUUGAGAGAAAGCUCACUCAAAAAAACUCUUCAAAAUGGUAUUCCUAAAAAAGAAAGAAAGAAAAUAGAAGAACCAAGAGAGAAGCCAAUUUAUAUUCCAGUGAGUCUUGCUACUCCUCGGAAACAGUUCUUGGAGGGGCAGAGGAAAUGCAGAAGCAGGUAUAGAGCUCCAGAGUUUACUGGUGAGAUAAUUGAAAGAGUGAAGGUACUGGUUAAGUCCUGCACUAGUAAGGGGGACAGAACAGGGACGAGAGAAAAAAGGACUGCAAGUCUUAUCUUAAUGAAAAAAAUAAGGCAGUAUUAUGUGUGUUAACCACUGAGGGUAUGGGUUAAAUCUUGCAUUAGUAAGGUGGACAGAAAAAGGAGUAAGAAAAACUACCUACUGUAUAGAAUAAGGUGAAAACAAUAGCAGUAUUAUGCAAGCAUUUAGUGGUGGAAAGAAGGAAAGAGUGAAGAUUCUGGUCAACUCCUGCAUUAGUGAGGUGGACAGAAUAGGGAUGAAAGAAAGAACGGCUCCUGAUCUUGUAUUUUAUAAAGAAAAAUGUGGAAAUGUGGACAGUAUUAUGCACUGAUAGCAAAAGUGAAUUGUGAAGCGUCAACCGAACAUUGAUGCACCUAUUGAAAUGUUACAUGGCUUUCUCUCUCUCUCUGUGUCUAUCUCCUUGUAUGUGUUUAUUAAUUACCUACCAGAAACAGUAUUGCCAAUUCACCGCAUAUUUCCUUUUUAUAAUUGCUGAACCUGUUUCCUAGCGACAGUAAAAAUAAACGAGGUCAUUCAUUCAUACA